GAGUAUUUUUAAUCAGGGACUAUCUCUGUACAUCGUGCAGAAAAGCAUUAAGUUUACAAAGUACUGCAUCUAGUCCUGUUGCUGAGAUUAACACUCAUGUUGAAGAGCAAUUGGAAGAUAAUCGUACUGGAAGUACUCUUUCAUCAAUUUCAAACAUUUCAUCAGGGUUAGAAGAUUUUAGUGAAGAACUGACAGCACAAACCAGUAGUUUAUCUGGAUUAAGUUUAGGAACAGUAUUGCCAGUGGUCAAUGAUGCAUUUGCUUUACUAAAUCAAUCACCUAUUAUAAGAAAAAAAACAUGUCGAUAAACAAACGUAUUUAGAAAACAAAGUCAAAAAAGUAUAUGAAAAAUUGAAUACCUCUUUAGGAGUAACAAAACUUUCUGAUGAUGAAAUCACCUCUCAAAAUUUCUUAGAAUUGCUCGAUAAAUUAAAAAAUAAAUUCAACGAUAGUAAUACGCAACGAUGUGAAAAAAUUCAAAUUCUUACUCUUUUACCUGAAUCAUGAGGAUUAUCUCGAGUAUGUGAAGUAAUGGGUUGUACAAUAUACAUGGCGUCAAUUGCAAAAUAUCUGAGAUAAAAAAGGAAUUCUUUCAACUCCAAAUGCCAAAUUAGGUCGACAUCUAUCGAAUGACAUUAAAUCUAAGAUUUUAAAAUUUUAUGUUAGUGAUGAAAUUAGUGUCAAUAUGCCAGGGAUGAAAGAUUAUCUUUCUAUUAGAAAUGAUGACGGAAAACGUGAGCAUGUCCAGAAACGUCUCAUUCUCUCGAACUUAAAAGAGUUAUAUGAACUUUUCAAGGAACGUCAUCCAGAUUGCCGGGUUGGUUUUUCAAAAUUUGCAUCAUUGCGUCCUCAACAUUGCGUGCUUGCUGGUUCGAGUGGAACUCACACUAUUUGUGUGUGUUCUAUACACCAAAAUGUCAAGCUUAUGAUGUUAGGGUGUAACUUGGCAGCACUUACUGAACAAUUAGCAACACCAUUACUGACGUAUAGUGACUGCCUGAAGAUAAUCAUAUGUCAAAACCCUACCUCUGAUUGUUUCUUUUACAACUGUGAUAGGUGUCCAGGAAUACAAACUUUGAAAGACUUACUAUUAAAUGUACUAGAAGAAAAUGGAAUUGAUGAAAUUACUUAUAAGUAUUGGAUUUCAAAUCCUCGUACGAGCUUAGAGACAUUUGUGAAAACUUCAUCAGAUUUUGUAGACAGUUUUUGUGAGAAUAUCACAAGUCUUCUUCCUCAUAAUUAUAUUGCUAAAGAGCAAGCGAGUUAUUUGAGGUCGUUGAAAGAAUCAUUGAAGGAGAAUGAAUUUAUAGUUAUCUGUGAUUUUGCGGAAAAUUAUGCUUUUGUUAAGGCAUAUCAAGCUAGCAGUGACAGAGCCCAUCUUGGACAGUCAUUAUUAUUGAUUUCUCGGAAUCUAAACAAGCAACAAUAUUCUAAAUAGAGCAACUAAUUAGCAACAAAUAAAUUUUGUUGCUUUAAUAAUAAGUCAAUGCCUGAUGGAUGAGUCCAUGCUAGCUUGAUAGAGCUCUUUUGUUAUCCAGAAUGCUGCAUCUGGAUUCCACUGGAAUAACAGCCAGGCAACUGUUUAUCCAGUUGUAAUUUAUUAUAAAAACAAUAAUAAGCUGGUUCAUAAGUGUCUAGUAAUUGUAUCAGAUUGCUUAUCUCACAAUGCAGUUGCUGUUCAUGAGUUUACAAGAAUCACCACUAAUUUUAUCAAAGGUCUUUCCAAUAAUAUCUCAAAAAUUAUUUACUUUUCUGACAGAGCACCCCAACAAUUUAAAAUUUUCAAAAAUUUUGUAAAUCUUCAUUAUCAUGAAGAAGACUUUGGAAUUAAAGCUGAAUGGCAUUACUUUGCAACCACACAUGGGAAAGGACCUUGUGAUGGAGCUGGAGGGACUUUCAAAAGGAUGGCAGCACGAUCAAGUCUUCAACUUCCGUAUGACCAACAAAUUUCAACUCCUGUCGAACUAUUUGAAUGGGCGGAAAAACCAAAUUCUUUACCAAAUAUAAAUAUUGAAUUUUUUUCAAAUGAAAAGUAUGUUCAGGCUGCACUUUAAUUAGAUUAACGAUAUUCACGAGCAAAAAAAAUCACAGGGACGCAGAAAUAUCAUUGUCAUUCCAGACGGAAAAGAUACUUUGCGAUUUAAAGAAUUUUCAUCAUCCAGUGAAUCUCGUAUUUAUAAAAUAUUUAAACGUGUAAGGAAAUAAAUG